UAUUAUAAUACAAUCUAUCAUCACACCACCAAUACCACCACUCCCAACAAAAUCUUUAUCAAUCCAAUUGCUUUUUGAAGAUGGCAAUGGCUAUUGGCAUGCCAUCAAAUGGUUUGAUUAAUUUUACCCGUGCGGUUGACACUUUUGACACUUUCUUGCAAAGUUUUUGUGGGUAAUCCAAUCCAAGUUAAAAUGUCAAAAAAAUCUCUAUAAAAUCAACCUUGUGCUUUCUCACUUCUUUUUGACUGUACACUCUUUGCUUCCUUUUUUUCUCUUACUUAACUCUCACCAGCCAGUUUUUUCUCCUGGAAUCUUUUCCAAUCAUCUUUCCCACCCACUAUAUUUGUAGAUUUGCAGUCAUUCAUUGGAUGUUCUGAUCAAUUACUCAGAAAAUUCCCAUCUUUCUUUGGAGUAUUACCCUAAAAUUUGUUGGAUCUCUAUGAAUCUCUAGGAUUGGAUUUUGCAAGAAUAGGGAUUGGAAAGAAACAGCAUGUGUUGGUUCUGUUCUUCAAUUGAUGUGCAUCGAUACGUCAUCUCUUUGAAUUUGUUGUGCAAGGUUCUCUUGUAAAGCCUUGUUUUUUGCUCUUAGUUUUCAACCUCUCAUUCAGUGUUUUUACCCUUAUUUACCAUGGGAUCCAAUCACUGUGCAGUUGUUCCUUGGUUCUGGUACAUUAUCAUCUAGAUCCAAGUUUAGACAUAGAGUUGAAUAGUUAAAAAACGUAGCAUCGUUUAGGUUGCCAUCAUUGUUGAAAUUUUAGUUAGCCUUCCCUUUCCAAUAUUCCUUUGGUGUCACUUUCCUAGAGUUAUUCAGCCUCUUUUGUUCCUUUAGAAUCCAUCUUUCUUUGUUGCUUGUCGUGGUGUUUAUAUAUUGCUCAUAUUGAGGGUAUUAUCCGAAAGGGUCUAGUAGUAGUGAUGGUGUGCCAACGAGCAAGCCAGUCAAGAUUUCGGGCAUUGAAGCAUGAGAAUGGAAUCGCAGGAAAAGCAACCAUAAUAGUUAGAGUUAUAGCAUGCUUUCAACUUUUGCAGGAUUGCCAGGCCGAGUAUUUUCGUCAGCUACUUAAACCUGUUACGUAGAUUGGAUUUUCCGUAGGCGUUGUUUUGUUUUCUGCUGGAUAGUUUGGUUUUUAUUUUUUCCGUAUUGUAAUCUUGUGGGAGAGGCUGAUUAUAUUAUAUUGAAGCAUCUAUAUUACUGGUGUUUUUUCAGUUUAAUGGUCGAGCUGAGCGGCUCUUGGCGCUUUCAGCAAAAACCCCCUUGGGAAUCAUCUGCUUUCGCGGACCGCAUGAUUGCACCCGUUGAACACAGGCAACACGAGUCUUUGCCUGCGUCUUUGAACCCUUGCACAGUAUCGACAAAUUUGGGUUUGAAUGGGUUCGGCUUCUCUGGCUUGCUCGAAAGAGGCCUUACGAUUGAAUGUAAUGGUUCCAUACAAAAUUCUGUUCCCCACAUUCAGAAUCCACUUUCUCAAAACCUAUACAAUGGAGAACAUAAUCCUUUAUUCCCAUCUAGAGUGGGCGAGAAGCCCACCUUACGUGAACAAACUUCAACGCAACAGAAGAAGUUUCUCAUCUUUGAUCGGUCAGGACAUGAAACUCGGCUAAUCUUUAGUUCACUGUGUCCUCGUUUGGAGAAUCUGACAACUCCACGGACUACCGGUCCUGCUUGGAAUCUGUCUCGGGAUUCAGUCGGUGCAUACCAGAAAAUGCAAUGCCUUACUGCAAAGCAAGGAAGAAUCAUGGAGCAUGUUUGGACUAGGACACCUGCCCUUUGUGAAGAAUCGGGUGAGAAUGAAAUCAUCGAUGAAGUCAGUGAAAUGCCUGAAAACUCAGAAGAAAUCAACGCCUUGCUUUAUUCUGACGAUGAUGAUGAUGGUUUGGACGAUGAUUGUGAUGGUCAGGAUGACGAUGAAGUGAGCAGUGGUCACUCUCCAUUGGCAAAAAAUAGAAAGUACGAAAAGCUGGAGGACUGUUGGCGCAAAGAUGAAAUGGGUUCUGAUAAUGAUCAAGUGUCUAGUUCAAUUAGAUCUUCAAAACGACAGAAAAUCUGUUGUGGCGGUAAUAGAUCGCUGCAAGGUCUCAGAUAUCAGGACACCAUUUAUGGGGAUCAUCUCAUCGGUGCUCUUAACGAUAGAGCAUGCCCUGUUGUUGGAAAAAAACGAGAUAGAAAGGAUAAUAUCCAUGAUACAUUGCGAGUCCUCGAGAGUAUAAUUCCCGGGUUAGAGAGCAAAGACCCAUUAGUCAUCCUUGAUGAAGCGAUAAAUUAUUUGAAAUGCUUGAAAUACAAUGCCGAGUCCAUGUCCAUAGAAGACCUAGACAGCUCCAACUCCUUUGAAGCUUCAAAUUGAACCAUCCUGGCUUAUUCCGAUUGGUUACCCGUACGUGUUAGAGUGUAUGUUUUCGUGUCAAGUUUCGAUUGGUUCCUCGUGUGAAGAACGAGUAACAUAUGUUAUUUUUCUUCCACGGACGAUUGUACAUAUGAUUGGCUAAUAAAAGCAUCACGAGAGGUUUCUCGGAGGAGGCUGAAUACAAAUCCGAUGAUCAUGGGUGCAAAAUAUUACGACGUUGAGGGCCUCCUACAUGGGCACGUAAUGAUCGAAUCACCUUUUUGAGGUAAUGAAAAGUCUAAAAUUGGUACGCAUGGGAAUGACUAGUGCUUGGGUGUGCUGGAAAAUGAGCAAGGACCCUGAAUAUUUGAAUACAAAGAGAGAAGACUAAUAUGGCUGCUUAAUAGCAUGCGCAUUAAGUGAUUUAAGACCCCACAAACUUUCACUUUCAAACUUCUUUUUUUACCUUUUGGGUGGGCCCUUUUCUUUCUUUCUUAGCCUGAAUUGAGUAGGCCCCAUGCUUUCAUAAAAUCUUGUCUUAAAGUAUUCUCUUAGUUUUACUGUCAUGAGUUUGUCUGUGAUGUAGAGAUGUUUGUUGCAUUUGAGAGAUCUUUAUCUUAUCAUGUAUUGAACUUGCUUCUUGUGAA